AUGAGCAUGUCUCGAACAUCCCAGACUUUCCUUCUGAAUACUGGCGCACGGAUCCCUGGCAUUGGCCUGGGUACAUGGAAAUCGCCCGGGACCGAAGUUCGAGCAGCAGUCUCCCAUGCACUCAGAUCUGGGUAUAGACAUAUCGACACCGCCUGGAACUACCGCAAUGAGGUUGAGGUCGGACAAGGCAUAAAGGACUCCGGCGUACUUCGAGAGCAAAUAUGGAUUACCACCAAGCUCGAUAAUCCCUGGCAUCAUAAGGCGCGUGAAGGAUUCGAAGAGUCGUUGAGGGAUCUGGGAUGCGGUUAUGUUGACUUGUAUCUCAUACACUUUCCCUGUUCGACAAAUCCAGAUGACCAGUCAAAGCAUCUGGACGACUGGGAUUUUGUUAAGACCUGGCAGGAGAUGCAAGAGCUGCUGAAGACUGGCAAAGUCAAGAACAUCGGCGUCUCGAACUUCCAAAUUCGACACCUUGAGCGAUUGUUGAACGACCCGUUAUGUAAAACAGUCCCAGCCGUAAAUCAGAUAGAGCUGCAUCCAGGGAACCCAUCCAACAAACUAUUAGAGUACUGCAAGUCGAAAGGCAUUCAUUGCACAGCAUACUCAUGUCUCGGAGGCGCCAUCGACAACCCACUAUACAAAGAGCCUGCGGUAAUCGGCACGGCAGAAGAGUUAGGAAAGACGCCUGCUCAGGUCCUGUUGAUGUGGAGCAUACAGCGGGGAACGAGCGUGAUCCCUAAAAGCGUUACGCCAUCUAGAAUCGACAGUAACUUCGACUUGGAUGGCUGGGCACUUUCUGACAGUCACAUGGAGGCGCUGAACGGUAUAAAGACCAGGUUCAAGGUGGUUAAUGAUUCGUGGAUGCCCAUCAAGGUGUUCUUUGGCGACGAUGAGUAG